GUGUGUGAACGAGGCAGCGGGGUGUGGCUGUGAGGGAGCAGGGUCGUGAGGGCCGUCAGACGUGGGCGCCGAGGACCGCAGCUCCGUUCCCUCUGUCUCUCGCUAAGCGUGGCCGGAGGGGGCCGACACCUGCGCAGCGUAGACCCCCUCCUCCUCACGUCUCGCUCCGCUGACCGCCGGCCGCUUUAUAAAGCAGGCGGAACUUCCACUUUGCUGCGUGCGCGCGUGGAGGGGAGGUGCAGCUCUGCCUGAGAACGCAGCGGGCGGUGGAGCGCCGCGCCACCACGCCGGCCGCUAGGAGUUGGGACAGGGACAGCGGGGGAGAUCGGAGCUGUUACACCGACCGGGAGAAUUCACAAAGUUAAGGUGAAUGACACACGCGCUUACGGCUUUGUGCGCCUUCAGUGGCUGAGCCCUCCUCUGACAGAGGGGAGAAUCGCUGGCUUAACUGUAGUGGAAUUAUUUGAGACUCCCUGGACGCUGCCGUGAAAAGUUGUAUGUAAUGCUGAGAGGGUGGGACACACAGGAAAUUUGGCUUUAACUUUGAAGAAGUGAGGAAUAUCUUGCAAUAACAUCAAUUCACAGCAUCCUUUGCUAUGUUCACUUAGUGAAGAUGUCUGUACAUUAUAACAGUGAGUGUUUUGCCCCUUAGUUUUGAGGUUAUUUCCAUUCCUACCUGUAGCAAAAUGCUGUCACCUGGUAAUUAGAGUCAUAGAAUGGUUUGAGUUGGGAGGGACCCUUCAAGGCUCCCUCCUCCAACUGCCCUGCAGUGAGCAGGGACACCGACAGCUACAUCAGUAUGUUCACUGAUCAGAAAGCAAGGGGUACAGGACAAAAAAAAAGUGCUAAAACUUGUAAGUUCCAGUGGCUUUUCCCACUCUGAUGGCAGCAGGACCUCUGUCAGAAUAGGGAUCUGGGUUAGCACUGCUUUGUACUUGCCUGUCGGACCUCAAGACAGGACCCAGCACAGAUCCACAGCACUGCCUUACUACUCCUUGGAAACAAACCAUCUUUGCCUUCAAUAAUUGAUUUUCAUUCUACCAGGUGCCUUGUGCUUCAUUCCAGCCUGCAGGACAACUUGUCUCUUUAAAAAUAAAAUUAAUUAAUUAAUUUCUCUACAGAAGAAUAAGUGUUCCUGAUGUGUGAUUUGCACAAGAACAUUAGAAACUUGUGAAUGUUCUGAAAGACCAGCUGUCUGGUCUUCAUCUGUGUGGUCACACAAUUCUUCAUUCCUUGAAGAGCUGUCCCAGCACCAGUCUGGCUCCUGUGGCUCUCCUGAAAUCUCAGUUACACGUGCAGUUGUUCCUGGCAUCACAGCUACUGAGAUUAGAGCAUGUAUAAUCCCAAUUUGUUUAAUGUCACUGUGAUGAAUUAUCAACUGAGUAAAUCUUCUGGGGAGUCUGCUUGAACUGUGACUUUCACUUCAAGUACCUCUAAGUACUGUGCUUUUUUGUUGGGUUGUUGGUGGUUUUUUGUUGUUGCUGUUUUGUUUUUUGUUUUUUUUUUUUUUGGAGCAGGGUGUACCCUGUCUAGGUGUGUUUCCCUUCAGGAAGUGUCACUCUGGUCUUACAGAAGUCUGUCUGCACUUUGUUUCCACAAGAGCAAUUUUAGGAUGACAUGGCCCUGUAAAGGAUGGCACAUUCUCCUGCGAUGGACGGAUUCUACAGAUGAAAUCAUGGUUAUGGUGCAUAGCUUUUAAGAAUGUAUUGUGCAUUAUACUGUUCAUUUACAGGUAUGUAACUCUUCUGGUGUUGACAGGCCAGGUUCAUGCAACAUGUGCUGCAUGUCUUGUGGUCACCUCUUCACCACUGUGAGGGCAAGAGAUGCUUACAGAUGGCUCUUGGUCUGUUCUCAGCUGGGCAUGCAUAUCUGUACAUGCAGAUACAUGCCUAUGGCCAGUAUGGAUGUGAUGGAAGUAGUCAGCAAUAAAGGAUUUUCCUUCCAGUAGUGUAUUCUGCAUCCUGCCUGUCUUUAGGUUCUUGCACCAUCCCACCACCAUCCCAUCCCUUAGGAAUCAGUCUUGGAGGGUGGAGGGAUCCAGGAAGGCUGGAUGCUUCUCAAAAAGGAAGUUGUAAAGAUACAGGAGUGGGCUGUCCCCUGUGCUGUAAGAUGAAGUGAUGUGGCUGAACAGGGAACUGAAGAGUUUACCUCCUGUGGAAGAAGGGACAGGCAACUCAGGGAGAGUACAGGGAAGUUGCUAAGAUAUGCAGGGAGAAAAUCAGAAAUGCUAAAGCCCAGUAUGAGCUCAACCUAGCCACUAUGGUAAAGGACAAUGGAAAAAUAUGUUUACAAAUGUACCAACAGUUAAGGGCCAGUGAGAAUCUCCAUGCUUUACUGGAUGUGGUAGGAAACAUCCAGUUUCCUAAGGAUUCCUGAGGAUAAGGAAAAGGUUGAGGUUUUCAAUGCCUGCUUUACAUCUGUCUUUAAUAGUCAGAUGAAUUAUCACCUGGGUACUUUACCCUCCAACCUGGAAGUCUGGGGUGGAGAGCAGAAAACCCUCCCCCCACAAUUCAAGAGGAAACAGCCAGAGACCUGCCACUGCACUUGGACUGUCACAGUUCCACGGGGCCAGAUGGGAUCCAUGCGAGGGUGCAAGGGGAGCUGAUGGAGAUGAUUGCCAAGUUGCUUUCCACCAUCCAUCAGAAGUCCUCAUCUACUGGAGACGUCCCAGAGGACUGGUGAUUUGCCAUUGUGAUUCCCAUCUGCAAGAAGGGUCAUAAGGAAAAUCCAGGGAACUACAGGCCUGUCAGCCUGACAUCAGUGCCAAGGAAGGAUAAGAAACAGAUGAUCUUGAGUGAGAUUACAUGGCAUAUGCGGGACAGCCGUGGGUUCAGGCCCAGGCAGUGUGGCUUCAUGAAAGGUAGGUCCUAGUUGACCAAUCUCAUCUCCUCUGACCAGGUAGCCUGCCUGGUGGAUGAGGGAAAGGCUGUUGGCAUAGCGUACCUAGACUUCAGCAAAGCCUUUGACACUGUCUGCCAUGGUAUUCUCUGGGAGAAGAUGGCAGCCUGUGGCUUGGACAGGCACACUCUUUGCUGGGUAAAGAACUUGCUUUGGGGCUGGUUCCAGAGAGUGGUGGUGAAUGGAGUUCAGUCCAGCCAGCAACAGGUCAUGAGUGGUGUUCCCCAGGGGUUGGUAUUGAGGCCUAUCCUGCUCACUGUCUUUAUUAAUAAUUUGGCUGAAGGAAUGGAGUGCAGCCUCAUGAGUUUACAGAUGACACCAAGUUGAGGUGAAGUGUCGAUCUGCCUGAGGGGAAGGAAGGCUCUAAAGAGGGAUCUGGACAGGCUGAAUAGCUGGGCUGAGGCCAAUGGGAUGAAGUUUAACAAGACCAAGUGUUGGAUUCUCCACUUUGGUCACAACCCCAGGCAAUGCUACCUACUAAGGGCAGAGUGGCUGGAAGGCUGUGCAGAGGAAACACCUGGGGGUGUUCAUUGACACUCAGUUGAACAUGAACCAGCAGUGUGCCCGUGUAGCCAAGAAGGCCAAAUGCAUCCCAGCUUGUAUCAGAAACAGUGCAGCCAGCAGGAGCAGGGAGGUGAUUGUUCUUCUGUACUCUGUCCUGGUAAGGCUCCACUUCAAGUGCUGUGUUCAGUUUUGGGCCCUUCACUACAAGAAAAACGUGGAAAUUCUGGAGCAUGUUCAGAGAAGGGCAGUGAAGCUGUGAGGGGUCUGAAGCACAAGCCUUUUGAGGAGCAGCUGAGGCAACUGGGUUUGCUCAGUCUUAAGAAGAAGAAGCUCAGGGGAGACCUUAUUCCCCUCUACAACUGCCUGCAAAGGAGGUUGUGGUGAGGUGGGGACUAGCCUCUUCUGGAAACAGCAAUAGGAUGAGAGACGAUGGCCUGAAGCUGUGCCAGAAGGGGUUGGAUAUUAGGAAGAAUUUCUUCUCCAAAAGAGGGUUAGGUAGAAUGGAAUGGGCAGCCCAGGGAAGUGGUUGAAUCACCAUCCCUGGAGGUGUUUAAGGAAAGGGUAGAUAGAUAGAGCACUUAGGGAUGUGACUUAGUGGGCAAUAUUGGUGAUAGGUGGACAUUUGGCCUAGAUGAUCUUAGCAGUCUUUUCCAAUCUUAAUGAUUCUAUCAGCAUAGCAGCAUGCAAGCACCUCAUCAUCUUUUUAUUUUUGCAGCUUUUUGUUACAGCUGUCUGUUCAUAGUGUGAAGAGGUGAAUGAGGCUUAAUGCUUCUUCUAGCUGCUGCUGAUCUCUGUUUAAUUAAGACAGAAGUUAUUUAGAAAUUGAACUUUAAGUGACCUUACCUUUGCUAUGGCAAAAUAGAGUCUUCCAAGUAGGAAACCUGUUCCAAACAUUGAAAAGCUACUGGCUUAGGCUAGCCUUACUCUAUCCUCACUUACAUUCAUAGUUCAGCUGAAGUAUAUGCAGACAGCAACUUUAAGCAAGUGGUAGCAUUUGGUCAGAUAACAGAAAAACAGUCUCGUUUUCUUGCUGAAGGGCUCUGAGUAGUGUUCUCCUCCUGUGCCUGUUAUUUAAUGUUCUUCAAACCAAAACAAGAAUUUCUGUAGUUGAAAAGACUUCUGUUAGUGCUGCGUACCUUCACUUAAGUAAUGCAAGCAGGCUGGUAUGAAAAGGUAAGUCUGAAAGAAAUACAAAAUCACUGGUGACUUAAAGAUAUUUCAGAAAUGAGGGGAGACUAUGUCAGAACUCCAGCAUGUGUGCUAUCUAAAAGAUGUUUCUCUUUAACUUGCAUCCUGACACCUUGAAUGUGCCAGUUAAUUGGACAGUUUUUUUAUUAAUAGACUUGAUGAUAAUCUUGAGCGUUUUAUACCUCAAAAAUAUGUAUUUCCUAAUAACUAUUUGUACAUCAAUGAAAGCUGAGAGAGACAAUACUGAAUCAUGAACCUUCACUAUAACAAUGAGUCCUGAAAGUGGUUUGAGUGCAAUUAGUUUUAAAAUAUAGUUUUAUUGAGGAAAAGGUUUUUAAAAAGAACAAAAUCCAAUGAAAGAAAAUGAUAGUAUCACAGUGGCAUCUCUGUUCUCACCAGCGAUCAGCAGUGCGGUAUUUGCUCCAUGAGGACAAACAGAGAAGCAAGCAUGAAGCCCCUGCACUAACUGUUCUCACUGCAGCUGGGGAGCUGUGGCAUGUCACAGAUGAACAGAGGCACCUUUACCUACGGCAAGGGUGGAAAUCUGAGAGCUGACUUUUGCCCAGGCAGUGGAUUACUCUCAGCUCUGUGACAAGUGCAACAGCUUUGGCAUCACUUCAUUUGUACAGUGUCAUUCAGACUAGUGUGUCUUCCAAGCACCAUAACUAAGCACCAGGUGUUAUUUUCUGCAGCUAGGAAGGUGUAAGUGAAAGACAAGUGUCAUGAAUCAGACUGUGGAGCUGCCGACGGAAGGGAACUCCCUGAUCAGAGCUGUCUACCAGAGUCGACUGCGCCUCACCAGGCUGUUACUGGAAGGUGGAGCCUACAUCAAUGAAAGUAACAACAGAGGUGAAACCCCCUUAAUGAUUGCCUGUAAGACACAACAUGUGGACUCCCAGAGUGUUAGCAAGGCAAAGAUGGUUAAAUAUCUACUGGAAAACAAGGCAGAUCCAAACAUCCAGGACAAAUCUGGAAAGACAGCCUUGAUGCAUGCUUGUAUAGAAAAAGCGGGGCCUGAGGUGGUUUCUCUGCUACUUAAAAGUGGAGCUGACCCAAGCCUACAAGAUCAUUCUGACUGCUCUGCACUGGUGUAUGCAAUAAACUCCGAAGACAAAGAGACUCUGAAAGUUCUUCUCAAUGCCUGUAGAGCAAGAGGAAAGGAGGUAAUCAUAAUCACAACAGACAAGUCUCCAUCAGGAAGGCAGACAACAAAACAGUACUUAAAUGUGUCUCCUGCAGACCUUGAGGAAUGCUGCUCUACAGCUUCCUGCAUUUCCCCAUCUGAAAUAGAACUGAAAUCAUCACCCCCACUUUCAGGCUCAGAUGGAACUAAAAGGGCACUCUUCAGCUUUAAGGAUCUGGAACAUCCCAGAAGCACAGAUCAUUCUCAGCCAGUUCCACCACGAAAUUCAAGUUCAUCAGACAUAGGAUCCAGUCUGGCACAUUUGCAGCAGCUACAGUCAGAGCCUUGGGUAAAGAGCUCUCCUUCAUUGUUUCACCAGGGUAAGGUUUCUUCUUUAUAUGAAGAGCUUCAGGAUAUAACUCCAGAAGAACUCUCUUCUAAAGCCAAUGGCUUUGCUUUAUCAAAGAGGUUUGUUACCAGACACCAAAAUGUUGACAUAAAAGACACUGCUAAUGUACUGAAAACUGCUGACAAAAAUGGAUCAAAGAAAUUAUAUGAGGAGAUAAACUAUCAGACUUGUUACAGGGAAGAGGAGCAUCUUCCCAGUGGGAUCCUGGGGGGUAAGUAUGAGAAUUCUAGUUUGAAACAAAUCAGCUUCAUUUCAAACCUAAGCACUAUUAUCAAAAAAAGAAACUUAGGAGCAAACCAUUACAGCUCUGAUUCUCAGUUAACUACUACUGUACAUCCUGCUGCUGCAGAAGACAGUAAGUCAGUGAUAGGAAAGAAGAAGACUGUUUCUUCAUCUCAUUCUUUGUUUUCAAGUUCUAGAGGUUUACUAGAGAAAAUACGUUCUGUUCCCAUGAGCAGAAAAAAUGAGACUUUUCGAGAAAGACGGGGUUCAGGAGCCUUACUGUUGGAUAACACUGCUCAGACAAGACCAGGUUUUCUUCCACCACUGAAUGUGAAUCUGCAGCCCCAGAUUCCAGCUAUUAAUUUCUUGCAUAAGGUUUCUGGGGUGAUUUCUUAUGGGCAGAAACACUUAAUACCAGCAGCACCUGCUUCCCUUAGCGAGACCAAAAAUACAAAAACGCUACUAAGGAGGCAGUCAUUACAGACUGAGCAGAUUAAGCAAUUAGUGAAUUUCUGACAGGAGAUUGAAGGGUUUUAAAAUGUUUACAAUGUGUUCAGACUCUCUGCUCUACCUAACUCUAACGAUACACUUCUGAAAAGAUGGCAGGUCUGUGAUGUAGGGCUCUCAGCCUCAGAAUGAAUUAAAUAGCUUAGAUACUACAUCAAAAGAUAUACUUAACUGUCUAAUUAAUUAAUUAAAUGAUGCUGCUUUCCACAGACUGAGGAAUAUUUAUUAUAUUCUCCUCCUAAUUUCAGUUUUAGCAUUGAAGCCUUACCCACAUCAGUCUGAAUCUAUGAAGGAGCUUAGGUGCUGCAGUUCUCAUUUCUAGGUUGCAAGUUUUCCCCAAACACUAUCUCGUUUCACCCCCCAGAAAAGUUGUACAAAUGGAAUUUGGGAACUUGGAACAUUUGACUGUGAUGUCGUCAGAGUUUUGUGAUUUUCAGACACUCCAGACAAGAGCCUGUGCUUGAAGGGUGGGCAGUGGUGGGUGCCACCAGCCUUCUGUGGUUUUACUGCAUGUAAACAGACAAUACACAGACUAUAAAUGAAAACAGAUGUUACACAGCCAUGCUGUACAUGUAGCUUCACUUGGGAAAUUCCAGAUGAAGACUGGGGAUCUGCUUGAUGUGCCCACUGUGAAUUGGCAUGGUACACAGACUUCAGAGCUCUGCAGUUGGGCAUUCAGCGUGUGACAGCAGUCCAGCAUUGAGCCAUGAGGCCAGCAGAGUGCCUGAGUGGUGCUGUUGCUUCUCAUGUAAAAUGACCAGACCUUGCUUGCAGCAUCAGGUAGCCACAUCCAUCAACUUGGGCUUCUCAAGCUGUCUGCUGGGGUUUGCUCAUUAAAACGAGGAUGGGUGGGGGAGGUGAAGGCUCUUCUCAGAAUGGGGCUCUGUUACUUUCUGCAGCUUCAGGCUCUCAAACACCGAGAGGUCUCCAGAACACAUGGGGUCUUGUUCUUCCCAUACCUGUAUUUCUUCUCAAGACAAGAUAUAGGUGGUGGAAGAUAUCACACACCCUUCCUUGCCUGGGAGCAAGGAUGAGCUCUGUCCUGCUCUCAGAUAUAUUAAAAAGAAAAAUUCAACAAUGGGGAUAUUCACCUGGGAGCUGGAAGAGCUCAUUUUGCCUAAUUUGAAGCAAAAGCAUGAAUUUGUUACAGGUCAGAAACAUGCUUUGCCUCUGAGGUAAAUCAUAUAUUUAACUAUUUCUAUCAAAGAUGUGUUUUUCCUUCCUGUUUGGUAUUUAGUGGUUCCAAACACCUAUCUUGUAUUUGUGCAUGUUCUGUAGAUGCUUGAUUUAUGGCAUCAAAUCUAACAUUUAAUAACUUGUCUUCUAAAGAUUGAGAAGUAUUUAAUGUGCUCUCUUUUGCCGUUAUUUACCAAAAACAAGCAAACAAAAAAACUAUCUGUAUUGGUGUCUGUAUAACCUGAAUUUCUGUAUACCAAAAUGAGGUGCCCUUUACUGUGGGUGUUUUCUGCCUUCUUUUGGUUUCUGUCAGAAUUCACUCUGUGCUGUUGCCUAAUGAGUAACUGUGAUAUUCUUUAGCCUUGCCCUUACUAUAAGACAAUUUCGAGUAAAUAAUAAAUAUACAAUCAUCUCUGUAAAUGCCUUUUGAUGUAAAAAUAUAAAAAUGUCUUAAAGCUCAUAAUAUAUAUAUUUUUGAAGAAGGAAACUUUUGACAUAUGGAAAGGAAAACAGCGUGGUUUACAUCCCUACUCAGCACCACUGUACAAAACACAUAUCCAGAACUACAGAUUUGAAUCUUAAAAUCUUUUUUUUUUUUUGACACCAAGUCUUUCCAACUUCCAGAUUAUAGAGAAUCUGUGAGAAUCUGCUCUCUGUCCAAACUCCCACAGAUAACAAGAAUGAGUAAAGAAGCAAGCCUGUCCCACUGCAGUCAAAAUUAAUUCUUCCACAAAAAAAAAUAUAGGCCUUGAAAGUUGGAGUGCUCACAGCUCUGCUAACAUGGGAUGUGUAGUACCCUGGUGCACAGUGACCCACACAAGGUUUGACUUGGAUACAGCUGUCACGCUUGUUCAGUUUCUUGUUCGAGUAUUUGUUGGUGAAUGUCUCAGAAUUAACCAGCUGCAGUCAUAAACAUGUUGCUGGUGACAGGAGUAGGGUAUUUAUUUGAUUGCUUGUUCAUCUUUUAGAGAAUGACUAUUCAUCCCUUGAAAGUUUCUUAUGCAUUUAUGGAUGAGUAAGAAUUGGGUAGGCUUAGUUCCAUGAGUUUGCACAGAUAAGCAUUCAGAACUGAGGCAGCUCCAGAAGUGAUGGUAUGUCAUACCAUACGAUAACCACCGGCACACAUGGUGAAGCACAUGGAGAACUUGGUUCCAUUCAGGUUCAGUGUGGAGAACAGUGCUGUAUUUCAGGAGGCAUUGUUGGAUCAGCCUCUGCACAUUCGUGGUAGAAUCAAGAAAGAUUACGUGGGAAGCAUGUUGUAGCAGAGAAAUUACAUGGAAUGGCAUAAGGCAAUCUUAAAUUAUUAACCGUAAAUUUAAAAAUCAGUCCAUACAAAAACAAUGUGUAUGCAACACAAUAUAUUUAUGAAAUGUUUUUUAUGCUAUACAUGGAAAUUGAAUUCUAGCCUAUUUAUUUCAUGAUGAAUAUAAAUAUUGGAAGUUAAAAAUAUGUCUUUAAGAAAUACAAGUACUUUUUUUUUUAGAAAAUACCAACGAAUGAUAAGAUUUUCUACCCAAUAUCUUCACUGAAAGUUUAAAAUCUCAUUUCUGCUGUGUGGGUUUUAUAAUUAAUUGUGUAUUAACUAUGUACUGCUCCCUGAAAUAGUAUAUUUUUAAAGUGUUUAGAAUAUGGAGGAAAAUGCCCAGUGUGUUGGGGAGAGAGAUCGUUCUGCCAUGUUGCCAAUAUUUUGUGUCUAAUUUUGAUGCAGAAAUUAUGUGAAAAGUUAAUGCUUAUUGUUGCAUCAGUGAUAAAAGUGACCUUAAAAGGAAAAACAAUUCAGUUGUGUUUUCUUGCUGUUGUUAUGAUGCAUAAAAAAAAAAAAGUUGUUUUCUUUUUCCCCUUCAGACAACAUGGAAAUAGACACAUCCAUUUAUUCACUGUUUAGGAUAUGCUGAAUCACUGCCAAAGGUGCUCACUGCUAAGUGUUCCUCAGGCUGUCUCUGUACUGGAAAACUGGAACAGUUAAUUAAAUUUAAUCAAACAGAGCUGAAUUUGUACACAGUAACAUGUGAAAGAGUAGCUUAUUUUAGUUCCAUUCAAGUGAAGAUACAGUUCUGCCAUUUUUGAAACAUUAAUCCCAUUUGUUCUCCAGUUAUCCUUAGGCAAAGAGUAGAAAACAGAUCUGAUUUAUAAUGUUAAAUUCCACCUCACAAGCUCAAAGAUUUAAAAACACCAAAAGACCUUUCAAGUGUCCUUCAUGCAUAACAAUAAAGAAAACAUGAGGGGAAACCUUUUCCUUGCCUGAUGCUGGCUUUCCAGGACUGUGGCUUCCCACCCUGGCAGGUCAUCUGGUCUGUUUCACAUCUGGCAGUGAAAAAACAGGGAAGCUCAUUCACUCAAACAUCUGAGCAGAUUAAUGGCAUCAGUCCUUAAAUAGCCCUGCAUUAAACUACAUAAAAUAGAACUGAUACUUCCAUGAGUAAGCAUUCCUGUCAACAUAAAUUACAGCUUUGAGGAAAAUGGACUACCUAUGAGAUUAUUGGUUCUGGAUCUCUGCAACAGACUUCUGCAAAUCUUCCAAGAAUUCAGAAAGGUAAUUUUUUUCUUAAUUUUUCAUUUUCAUCUGCAAAAUACUGUGCAGUACUGCAAAACAUCUUUUGUGAUUGCCUCACAAAAGCAGUGACCUGCGCCAUGAUCUUCCCAGGUGCAGACCCACCUGGCCUGUAGUGCCCCAGCUGCUCUUGCGCUGCUCUUACAGUGGAAGGGAUUUUGCUCACCUAGCCUCAACCUGGAUGUUCAGGGACAUAAUGGGCAUGGAAAGCCUGACUGGCAGCGGAGACCCAGUCAGUCUUCUCCACAUCUGCCGUAUUUCGUUCUCCCUUCUAAGUUAUCAGAGGGGAUACGCUCUCCUUCGCCUGUCUUUCAACCAAUGUACCACAGAAUCUCUUCUUGCUAUUUUUCGCAUCCCUUGCCAGGUUUAGGUCCACCUGUGCCUUGGCUUUUCUGAUUCCAUCUCAGCAGGACAGCUGGCCCCGUUACCUUAUUGGAGGAGCCCUUACAAACUCCUCUGGGACAAACCGGAGGUUUUCCCCCCUUCCUCCCUGAAGUGACAGUGUUCCCUGGCUCUUCUCUGUCACUCAGCAGUACAUCCCCUUCCCUCAUCAAAUCUAUCUUAAGAGAAAAACUGCAAUUAAGUUGACAACAGCACUGUCGGUGAAGUCCUGACUUAGGGUGCCAUGCCGGUGCUUCAGGACCAUGUGCUUCUGAAUUCCUUUUUGUAGAAAAACCGAGGGAACUCUUGACUUUUUAGGGAUUUGUCUUACUAAAACAGAUGCUAUUUUUAUAAACGCUGAUCUUUCUUUCUUCUGCGCGGUGUUCAAAGGUCCCGAUGCAGUCUGACCUCUCAAGGAUUAAGCAGCAGCCAGAUUAUCCUUGAAGUAAUCUGCGCGUAGCAAUAAGACGGGAAUUCUGCACUCUCUUUUCUGCUUCCCUCUCCUGCUUUUCUUUCCCCUCGGUAGCCUCCUUUCUCUUCAGGGAGGACAAACGUAUUAAGUGUGAGUUUUCACCAUCAGAUUUAGUAUUGUACGUAUUUUUUAUAGUGGGUCCUUAAAAUCUAUUUAUGUACUCGGGAUGCAUGUGAUUUGUACCGAGGUUCCACGAACCGAGGUUUGGUAACUGCCACAACCGUUUACCAAGAAGAGAACAAGGAAACCAAGUCCCAGUCGCUAUUGUUGUCAGUCAAAAUGCUGGCACAGGUUUGCGGGACUAUUCACCUUUUGCUGUCUUCUCGAUGCUCUAUGGGGAUAUUUCACGUGUUUGUCUCAGACACAACUUGUAGCGUAACCUCAUCAGCUCUGCGCUUAGAAAACGAGCGACGGAACAUUCCAGGCCCGCGGCCUGGAGGACACUGGGGAUACAUUUGAGCCGAUUCUUCGGCAGGACUGUCGUUCCGGAGGGCUGCUGGGGGCUGCACGGCGGGCAGCUGCGUGCGAACGAGGCGCGCCUCGCUGCCACCGCGCAACCUCACCGUCGCUUCCUCUGGUAACCCAACGUAGCGAGGUGGCGGGGGCCUUCCCGCGCUCCAGCGUCUCCCUGAGCCGGGAGGGGCGUAACGGACGUCUGCGCCGUCAGGUAACCAGAGGAACCGUUCUGCCGUUGAUCCUGUACUAACGAUCUCUAAGAGUUAAAUAAAGCUUCUCUCUUAUUUAAAUAAAA